AUGAUCUCGGCAUUACGUUACUUGAUCUGGCUGAUGGCGGUGACCUCGUUCUAUAUGAUGUACAUCUCAUUAUUCAAUAAUGAAUUCUUCGAUCUUCUCUCGCAGCAGCUGGCGACUAGAAUGGCUCCUGGGGAACCGCCUGUUGCUCUUCUAUCGGAGUAUACUGGGCUAAAAGCUCUCGACAGUAUAUUGGAAAAUACAAUCAUCUUCUUUUGGCCGAUUUCCCAGGGCCACCAUGCUGGUUUGUCCCUACUGGGGCUGGGCUUUGCGGGGGGUAUGGUUGGCAUCUGGAUGAUCGUUGUGGUCCAUAUCUGCCGGACAUUCUCAUUCAUACGUGGCAUGGCAAUACCGGAAGCAUCAGCACGCCGUCAGCUACGUUCCGUGUAUCGCUUCGGAUUUGUUUGCUCCUACAUCUGUCAUAUGGCGUGGCUCUCAGCAUUCGUGGCGUCCACAAUCCAAUCUUUUGCCCAAUCACAUGAUCUCUACUCUCUGCGUCCAUACGGUGUCACGUUUCCGCUCUUCAAUCAGCCUGCAGACGGACUCGGAGCUCUUGAAGCUGGAUUGUAUACUUUCCUCCAAUGGGACUAUGGUAUUGCUGCAGUGGCCACAGUGGUGUGGAGCACCGAUCGUUACAUCCAAGUGUGCCACCGGGCUGGAUUGGAGAUCAGCAAAUCCCAACUGAUCCGACGGUUGCUUGGAUGGAUGCUGAUUGAUGGACCCUCGGCUACGGCAGUUAGACUUGCGUGGGAAUCGGAAGAUAUCUCGUAUCUGCAGGAUCGAGUAAACCGUGCUUUCAGUAGACAUUGUCUAUCUUGCUUCGCUACCAGUAUUACGACCAUGCAGGAUCAUGUGGGCAAAUACACGACAAUAUUGAACGACAGUCACCUGCAUACUGAGGUUAUACAGAAGCGCCUAACUCCUGCGAUCAGUCGAUUGGUGCCCCGGAUUAUAGACGAAUUAGGUCAUGGCUUUCAAGUUGAGAUGCCAGAUUGCGAACAUGAAUGGGUUCCAAUCAAGCCGUAUGAGCUUUUCCUCCGCCUAGUCGCUCGAUCUGGUGCCCGUGUGUUUGUCGGACCUGAAAUCUGCCGUAGUGAGAAAUGGUUGACUGCUUCGAUCGACUUUACCAAAAAUAUCUUCAUGACAAUCGCACUGCUGCGUCCAAUACCAAGCUUCAUCCAUCCCAUCGUCGGGUCCAUCUUACCUAGCAGUCGCAGCCUAGAUACACAGCUACGAUACGUGCAAGAUGAGCUUCUCGGUCCAGAGAUAGCGAGACGCCGACAGAAGGAAGCGUCGGGCGACCCUGACUACGAGAAACCGGAUGACUUCCUCCAGUGGAUGAUGGACCUGGCCCAGAAUGAUAACGAGGGCGAUCCAAGGAAUAUUGCGCACCGUCUGCUGGGUCUUACCAGUAUGGCAGUCGUCCAUACAAGUGCCAUGUCGAUCACCCAUGGCUUGUAUGAUCUCAUCACGAUGCCUCGGUGGCUUGAGCCUCUCCGGCAGGAGAUCCAAAAGGUCCUGCCCGACUGGAAGUCGACCACCUACAGUAAUCUGGUUGCGCUCAGGCACCUGGAUAGCUUUCUCAAGGAGUCACAGCGCUUUAAUCCCCCAGGCGAGCUAUCCUUCCACCGGGUAGUCAAGAAAGACCUGGUCCUCUCCGAUGGCCUCCGACUUCCAAAGGGCACCCAUAUCUGCAUGGCGUCCGGGCCCAUUGGCAUGGAUACUACGUACAUCUCCAACCCCGACACAUUCGACGCCUUCCGCUACGUCGACGGCGACAAGGCUCAGUCCCAGUUUGUCCACACGGGUGCCACCAGCAUGCACUUCGGACUGGGCCGGUAUGCAUGUCCCGGUCGCUUCUUCGCCACGUUUGUUUUGAAGGCCAUCCUCAGUCGGUUUCUCCUGGAUUAUGAGUUUAGAUUUGGUUCCGAUCAGGUCGGGAGGCCGAAGAAUAUGUUACUGGGGGAUAAAAUCGUCCCGAACACCUCUACUGAUGUGUAUGUGCGAAGGCGGACUGGACCACGGACGGCCUAAAAUGAAUACUUAAUAUUCGGUCAGAGGUUGGUGUGUCUUACGAUUGUUGUGAAUUGUAAUCGGAUAGUAGCACAAAUGCCAUACUGAUGUGGUGCGAAUUG